AUGUCCCACGACCUAGAGGACUUGCGGAACAAGCCGUUCUCGGGCCAUCUGGAAAAGCAGUACGGAAAAACACUUCCGCUCAUCGCAUACGUAAUUUUGGUCAUCGAGCUCGUCGCAGGCGCCCAGGUUCUAUAUCAUUAUGAAGGUAUCCUCAAAGCGUACCCGAAUCUAGGGCCCACGCUAUUGGGAGCCAUCUCGGCGGUUCUCGCACAGUCCAUCACACAAAUGUUCAAGAAAAAACACUCCAACAAUAAGCUCUUCAAGUUCAUUUGCUGGGGUGCACUCAAUGGAAUGGUGUCCACCAUCUGGAUCGACUUCUUGGUGAACUCAAUGGACAGCGUGGUUCUCCAGGUGGCUUUGGAUCAAAGCAUCGGGGCGCCUUUCUUCCAACUUCUAUUCACGCUUCUAUCCAUGGCUUGGGACAACGAGACCGCGUCGGGCCCAAGCCCGAAGGCCGUGUACUUCAAGUCGCUCAGAUACAGCUUCUGCUUUUGGCCAUUCAUGUCGGUGGCCAUGUUCUGCUUUGUUCCCGACAACAUGAUGUUUUUCUUCAAUUGUUUUGUCAACUUUGUGUGGAACAUGAUUCUCUGUAAACUAGGUUGA